UCAAAAUUUAAAUGAAGCUGCGUGUAUCACUUUUAGGCCGCAAAAGCCCAGAUUCACUUUUUCGCUAACUAGCGAGUGUGUUCAGUUCAAAGGUAAGGGCAAUCGGUGGAAAUGCAAUCGUCCGUGUCAUUGUCGUCAGCAACAGCUGCAGCUCCAUUCGGUGGGGUCAAAAAGUCGGCGACAUCUUCGUUUCCGGUGAAAGCUCUCUAUACUCCGACGCCGAGCACCUUAAGCGAUCCUUCGGUCAUGGCGGCUCCGAAAUGGGCUCAGAAGACAAUAACCCUCCCUCCUCAGAAACGUGGUUGUCAUCUUAUUACUCCCAAGAUCUUGAAGGAAAUUGGUGAAGAUUUGUCUGGAUUUAAAUGUGGUCUUGCAAAUCUGUUUUUGCAGCACACGAGUGCAUCAUUGACCAUCAAUGAAAACUACGACUCAGAUGUCAGAGCUGACACGGAGACUUUUCUCAACAGAGUCGUCCCAGAGGGAAGAUCUGCACCCUGGAAACAUACCAUUGAAGGUCCAGAUGAUAUGCCAGCACACAUUAAGUCAUCAAUGUUUGGGUGUGCUCUCACGAUACCAAUUACAGAUGGACAGCUCAACAUGGGAACUUGGCAGGGGAUAUGGCUGUGUGAGCAUCGUGAUGCACCUACUGCACGCAAAGUUGUCAUCACCCUAAAUGGAGUUUAAGAUUCGUGUGAAGAUGCGAGCAACAUGGAAUGAUGGGCUUAUAUAAUAAUGUAUGUAAUAUAAUGGCAAAGGGGCGUGGGAUUUGCUAUCAAGUUGAAAUGGCAUAUUAGUGAAUGAGGUUUAUGCUUUGUAUGUUUUUUCUUUGAUAAAAUCAUCAAGUGCCAUGAGCUCAUGAUGUUUUGGGAAAAGCUUAGGCAUGUUUGAUGCAUCUUGUUGCAUAAACUUUAUUUUAUUGUAUCAAAAUCAUCAACUUAUUAGGGCUUAUGGUUACAAUUCUAUGCAAUUCUAUGAAAGGAAGACGUUA